AUGUCUGUAGCCGGUGUAAAGUUAAAUCCGGCAAUAGCUAAGCCUACUAGUAAUGGUCAGGUUCAUUGCAUCGUCUGCAACACUCAGGUUAAACCGAAAGUAUGGACAGCUCACGUGAAUGGAAAGAAACACAGAGACGCAUGCGAGCGGCUAAAACAACAGCUGGCAUCUGGCCCAAAACGACCAAGCGAUGCCAUAUCUGCUCAAAAUGGUGCUCCUCCGGUGAAGAAGACACGAGAAGACCCUCAACCUGCCCCUUCAUCCAAUGGUUUUCUACCUUCCGACUUCUUUGAUGAAGAGCCUGGAUUGAGGUUAGGAGUUAAACCGAAGGUAUGGACAGCUCACGUGAAUGGAAAGAAACACAGAGACGCAUGCGAGCGGCUAAAGCAACAGCUGGCGUCUGGCCCAAAACGACCAAGCGAUGCCAUAUCUACUCAAAAUGGUGCUCCUCCAGUAAAAAAGACACGAGAAGACCCUCAACCUGCUCCUUCAUCCAAUGGUCCCCUACCUUCAGACUUCUUUGAUGAAGAGCCUGGAUUGAGUAUUCAAACACCAUGGCAGAAGAACAAAGAUGCAGAAAAUGCUCAUUUACGCGAUAGGAAAGGAGUUAUUGAGGGCGUGCCGCAAGGAUUCUUCGACGACAAGAGAAGAGAUGGAAUGGUGAGAGAAACCAUAGAGAAUGAAGCACAGAUGAAUGAGGAGUAUGAUCGGUUAAUGCGUGAGCUGAAUGAGCAGAAUCACGAAGAGGAAGCAAAGGCGGACGAAGAGGACGAACGAGAUGCACUCUUCCGUGAUAUUGCAAAUGCAGAUGACCAAAUGGAGAAGUGGAUGCGGUUAAAUGCUAUGGAAAAGUUGAAAGAGGCACGAUUACAAGAGGCACGUGAAAAAGCCGCUGUUCACGAAGACGAUGAUGAGGGUAGUGGUGACGAUGACAUCGACUUCAGCAAUUGGCGAGCGAAACGAGCUCGUGAAAAAGCCGCUGUUCACGAAGACGAUGAUGAGGGUAGUGGUGACGAUGACAUCGACUUCAGCAACUGGCGAGCGAAACGAGUCUUGUAA